AUGCUUUGCCUGGAAUCUCUUCCUUUUAGUUUAGUUGAGAGUAGUGGUUUUCAGAAAUUCAUAAAGGUUGUUUGCCCAAAAUACGUAACUCCUAGUCGAACAUACUUUUCUAGAAAACUGCUUCCGAAGUAUUACGAAAUAGUAAAGAAAAAAGUACACAAUGUUCUCGGCAAUUGUUCUUUAAAUUCCAUUGCUAUAACAACAAACAUAUGGACCAGAGGAGGUCAUGAUUAUAUAAGUGUAACAGCUCACUUUAUCGACAAGGAUAUUCAAAGAAACCACUUAGUACUGGAAGUUGCUGGCUUUGAUGGUCCAUCACAUGCAGCUAGUUUUGUGGCUGAUAAUUUAAAACAGGCAUUUAUAAAAUGGCACAUUCAAAGAAAAAUAAUCGCGAUAGUUUCUGACAACGCUGCAAACAUGAAAGCAGCUAUAAGACAACUUUCAGUGGAACAUGUAGGUUGUACGGCACAUUUAUUGCAGUUGGUAAUUAAUUCCGGAUGUCUUAAUGCCCCUGCAAUUAAAGAAAUGCUCCAUACAGCUAGGGGCAUUGUUACACACUUUAAACAUUCAGUGACUUCUCUGAAAGUUUUACAUAACUAUCAAAAGUCUUUGGGUCAAAAAGAGAAAUGUAUGGUUCAAGAUGAACCCACUCGUUGGGAUUCCACUUUCCACAUUCUUGAUCGACUUCUUGAACAAAAAGAUGCUAUAUCAGAUGUUAAACAUGUGCAGCUGUCUCAAGAAGAAAAAUCUUUGAUAAAUCAGUUUGCUGAUGAAAUUGAAGGUGAUUCUAAUGCUGAAGAUGACCAACCUAAAGUUUAA